UACUUGUAUAAAUGCCGUGGCAUGCCAGGGAACCAGGAACAGUGAACACAGAAGUCCCCAGGCCAGCCCUGCCGACCCACCACGAAGAUGAAGGUCUCCAUGGCUACCCUCUGCUACAUCAUCCUUGCCGCUGCCCUUGGGACCCAGGCUGCAUCAAGCAACCGGCUCCACCAGACUCACCAGCUGCCAGGGGCAAGAGAAUGGCUGAGGACAAAGUCUGAACCUCCAUCAGUCCACACAGCCUUUCACCAGCCUGCUGACUGUUGCAACUUCUAUGUUUCACGAAGCAUCGUGUGUGCAAACAUGAAAGACUAUUUUCGAACAAGCAGUGGGUGCUCCCAACCAGGCAUCAUCUUCCUUACCAAGAAGGGGAAACGCAUCUGUGCCAAGCCCAGCGAUCCGUCAGUUCAGAAGUGUAUUUCGACACUAAUGCCUCACGGAGAAUACAGGAUCUAGAGAAUACAGAAUUAGGUCGAGGAAAAGGGACAGAAGAUGGUACUCACCACUUCCAGCUCUCAUGCCCAAAACCUCCUAUGAAUUUUUCACCUCAAUUAUUACUUCUUAAAUUUUAUUGGUCUGUUCUGAUUAGAAUAAUAAUGCAUCUAAAAUCAUAGUGUUAAAAUUAAAUUUGUUUGAAUUUUAA